CCGCCCCCGUUCCCCACGGACGCCAUGGCGGCCACAGCCUUCCGAUCCUCCUAUGAACGCAUUGCUGCCUGCGACACCGCCUAACCACGGUCUCCACUGGUGCCGCGAUGGCCGCGGCCUCCACUCAGAUCCAUCCGCUGUUGACCCCAUAUCCUCCCUCACGACGGGAUCCGGCCUCCACCACUGUGCAUUGGUGCGACGGGAUAUCGGGAUCCACCACUCCUCGGCCGCCGCUCGACCUCCACGACUGCGCCUCGCCAAUGCUUGGUUCCCCGCAUCCUGCCCUUUAUCGGUAUGGACUCGUGCUAUUCGACCCCAUGGUGCCGUGCUGGACGCGUGCUCCGCGGUCCUCCCCUCCCUCCAUGGUCUCGUAUAGUCAAAGUACGAUGGCGAGCCCUGGCACGGACGCGUGGGCUGCUGCUGUUCUGGCUGGAGAACACCUAUCAGAUGUCCUACAGUGCAGGCUGGAGGCAUGAACUAUGUAUAUAAAUGAUGAAUGGGUCCUGCCUUGAACCAUCAGCAGAUUAGCGUUGCUUGCGUUGAUCAAACGUUUGCCCUGGACAUCCUGCUUAACGUCGACGACGGUGGCAAGACCACAGGCUUGAUAUAAUCACGCUCCCGCUCGCUCGGCCUCCUACCCCGCACGGGACGAGAUCGGCACAAUGAUGGUAACUGCGCCGACGAGGUCACCCUCUCCUUCGCAACUUCUACUCUGACCUUGUUGCUCCUCUAUGUCAGUCAACCACUUCCAGGUCGCCUAGGCCUUCCGCGCAUUUGACCAAGGCAAUGGAGGAUGCAUCACAACUGCCCAGCUUGUGCGCUCCAUGGUGCCAUUACAAGUGGCUGGAGGAAUGGUGUAUGCUCACAAGGCGCGUGAUCCUUCUACAAAAUUCUGGCUAUAUGUGCAUUGCCUCAUUGGUUCUAAUUUAGUUGUGCUGGUAUAUUUGGGUUCCUAUAGGCCAAGUUGUUUCACUGGACAAGAAUCCCACGAACCUUAAUGUGGUGCGGAAGUUUUAGGUGCAUCAUUCUAUUCUGAUCUAUUGCGCCGUGUGCUCCAUGCCUGUACCUUAUGAUUCAGGAGUGCCCAGUGACAAAAUGUGUAAUAUUUGUAGAGUCAAUGCUCUAGGCGAGGGACAGUCCGCGCAAUGGUUUCCAGUUAUGUGAACAAGCUUUUUAAAAAUGAUAAAGUAAAGAAAGAAAUCUUUCAUGGUCGUACCUACUUCAUUCGUGGGAUUUAGAGGGCUACUAGCUCGCUAUGAUUAGACACUUAAUUUGUUUGCUGUUGAACUAAGUUUGGUAUGGUGUACGAAGCCCCAAGUUAUCUUGUAAAAAGGAUUCUUAUGAUAAGCGUUGAAAGCAACUUCCGAACUUUUAUAUAGAUAUUUAAGUGCCAAUACCAUAUUUUGUUAUAACACAGGAAACCCAAGUUUUGAUGCCAGAGAUUUACCUUCGAUGUUGCAUGUGCAUUACUCACUUUAGCCAAUCGUCCUACCAUUGUGCUUUUAUUUGAAGUUCACUGAAUUUCUUGUAAUGACAUUUCAGGGAUGAUACGAUCGACCCAACUGUUAGCUUUGGAAAGCAUUUUGGGGUCGACUCAUGAAGACGAUGGCUAGCUUGCACCAACAUUUGUAGCUUCUAUAUAAAUGAUUCGGAUUGUCUACAAGCAACGAAAAUGAUUAUAGGGAAUAAAAAGGUAUGCGCUGCUCCAUAAUACACAGUUAUUGUCAGCAAACUUGCUUGUACGCCAUGCAACAACGACAGGUGGAUGAACACGCAGUUCAACGACGGCGAUUCAGGCACUGACGCAGGUGACCUAGCGAUUUGACACCACAAACUCAAACCUAUGCCAGCGGCAUCGAGGAAGGUGUGGAGCUCCUGGCCUCCUAAGGACGCCGCCAGGCUCGUCUCCGUAGCCCGCCAUGGUUGCAGUAUAGAAGAAACCCUUACUCCCGCAUGUAUCCCUUUUUUCCUCUGCGUUGCUUCUAGGGAUCAAAACCUAGCAAACUCCUCUCCAAGCACGCGAUUGAUUCCGUUCAUAUACAUCUGAUGGUAGAAUGAAGAUGCAACAAAUUUCAUUUUGCAGUUUUCCUUGUGGAGGUGAUUGUCAUUGAAAAGCAUAAUUUUUUAAUGGAUGUUACUUGCCAACUCGGAUGGCUCUUUAUACAUUUAAAGUUGUUUGUAAACCAUGGAUGAGACUCGGCAUUGGCAGUGUGGAAAUUGACGAGAUGAAUUGUACUGUUGCUUGUUCUUUGGCCAAUAAAUAACAUAAUUCUCUAUUUUUUAUGUGUCUCUGUGUUGAACUCGUACGGGUUUUGUUAGUAUGUAGAGAUAAUAAUAUGCAGAUU